AUGGGCAUUGAGCAGACCUACGCCACGGCCAACCACAAAGAACACGGCGAGAUGUCGGACGCUUCCUCCAAGGAGUAUCCCAUUACUCCUCUACCACCACCGCAUGCCGAACACGGUCCUGUUAUCGAUCAUAAAAUCACCCAGGAUGAUGCAGUUCCUGCUCAUCCCGAUCUUUGGUGGCCCCGCGUUAGAAGGACUCUGCGCGAGCCAUUCUCCGAGUUCUUCGGCGUGUUCAUCCUUAUUCUCUUUGGUGAUGGCGUCGUCGCUCAGGUUGUGCUGAGCGGUGGCGAGAAGGGUGACUACCAGUCCAUCUCUUGGGGCUGGGGCUUGGGUGUCAUGCUCGGUGUCUACGCCUCUGGAAUCUCUGGAGCUCACAUCAACCCCGCUGUCACCUUCGCCAACUGCGUCUUCCGCAAGUUCCCAUGGAGGAAAUUCCCUGGUUACCUGAUUGCCCAGGUCCUGGGUGCGAUGGCCGCUUCCGCAGUGGUCUACGGCAACUACAAAUCAGCUAUCGAUGUGUUCGAGGGUGGUUCCAACAUCAGGACUGUUCCCGGUUUCUCAGAGACUGCCACUGCCGGUAUCUUCUGCACCUAUCCUGCAGAGUUCAUGACCAGGACGGGCAUGUUCUUCAGCGAGUUCAUUGCCUCGACCAUCCUUAUGUUCUGCAUUUACGCUCUUAAAGAUGAUGGCAAUAUUGGUGCCGGCCCGUUGACCCCUUUGGCCCUCUUCUUCGUCAUUUUUGGCAUCGGUGCAUGCUUCGGCUGGGAAACUGGCUAUGCUAUCAACCUGGCCCGUGACUUUGGCCCUCGUCUCGUGUCCUAUAUGCUCGGCUAUGGCCACGAGGUCUGGAGCGCUGGCGGAUACUACUUCUGGAUUCCUAUGGUUGCUCCAUUCUUCGGCUGCACCUUUGGUGGCUGGCUUUACGAUGUGUUCCUCUUCACAGGCGACAGCCCGAUCAACACCCCAUGGAUGGGCCUCAAGCGCUUCAUCCGCCCAACUCGCGACGUGUGGUCCAACACUCGCAGCGAGACCUAUGUUUAA